AUGCCGUCCAGGAAUAUCAUCCCAAAGCAGGGUAACGCCAAGGCACUACGCGCGAAGCGCAAACGUGAGCCACAGGUCCACGAGAAUGCGAAAACAGCCAUCAUCAUCAAGGGCCGCAAGACCAGCCAGGAUGUGACCGACGCCCUCAAGGACAUCUAUCGCCUCAAGUCUCCGGAUGCCGUCAUGUUCUCCAAGAAGAACGACACCAACCCCAUGGAGGACGAGACCUCUGCCGAGUUCCUCAUGUCCAAGAACGACUGCUCGCUCUUCUGCUUCGGCAGCCACAACAAGAAGCGUCCCAACAACGUUGUACUGGGCCGAACAUUCGACGGGCACAUGCUAGACAUGAUCGAGCUAGGCCUGGUCCAAUACCGAGGGCUUGGGGAACUGGCCGGGCUAGCGAAACGGGUUGGCUCCAAGCCGGCGUUCGUGUUUUCGGGGGAGAAGUGGGGAAGGGAGGAGGCCUACCGGAAGCUUCAGAACCUGUUGCUGGACUUUUUCCGGGGCCAGGUGGUGAACGAGGUGGCGUUGGCGGGUUUGGACCACUGCGUGGUGUGCACGGCAGCACAAGACAAGGUUUACGUGCGGCACUAUCACAUCGGGUUCCAGCGGUCAGGCUCUAAGAUCCCUUCCGUGGAUCUGAAGGAGAUGGGACCCUCGUUGGACCUGCAGAUUCGACGCACCAGCUUCGCCGCGAAGGACUUGUGGAAAGCUUCCGUCAAGAAGCCCAGAGUUGCGGAGACGAGAAAGACCAAGAACGUCUCGGCGAACCAGUUCGGGGACAAGCUUGGCCGCAUCCACCUCGGGAGACAGGACCUUUCGAGCAUGAAGGUUCGUCGUGUCAAGGCCCUGCGCACCGUCGGCAAGGGGGCUAAAGAAGGAGAGGGGGAAGGCGCCGAAGACGGCGGUGGCGGGGACCCGAUGGAUGGUAUCACUACCAGUGGUACCGGCAGCACGUCGGCGGAGGGGAUGGGGGACGGGGAAGGCGGUGCGACCGCGGCCGCACGGGCCAAGCGCGGCACGCGGCGUAAGAACAAGGAGAGGAAGGUCCUCUGAAGGUCCUCUGAAGCGUGACUGCUUGUAUAGGGAGGGAGAGAGAGAGCAAGCAAAGGCCCGCUGUUCUCUGGAAGCGUGGUUGUGUGACGGAUACGCUUGAGGCUUGUGGGCAGGGAGAGCAAGCCCCUCUGUGAUCUCAAACGUGAUUCGUGAUGACUAGGAGGCAGGGAGGGCAAGGCCCGUCGGCUCUCUGGAACGUUAAUCAGGAUUGAUACGCUUGAGGUUUGUAGGCAGCAAGAGCAAGACCCGCGUUGAACGACUGUCUGACUGGGGUCUGGUAACUUUCAAUCACCCCGGUGGUUAUGUUGACGCAACGAGCGGUAUAGUUGAGCAUGGCACGUAAAAGCAAGACGGGCGAGAGUAAAAUAAAAUCCUGUUGGGAAUCCUGUUGCGUUUACCCGUGAAUGACCGUGUUUCUGCUCGAUCAAACGCACGCACGACUUAAGGAUUGGGUCUACUGGACGUCAAAUGUCAAAAGUGUUCCAUGCGUUUUAAUCGGUUGUGUAGCUCUACAAGGAGCUGCGAUCGGCCAAAGCCAGGCAUCACUUUCAUCAAAUUACAACCCAUGAGGACGUACAACAUCGGGCGGGAGUGUGGCCGGCCUCAAAGGCAGAUUUAUUGCACCAUCUUCUGGUUGGUGAGGUGUGUUUCAAAUCUCCGGUAUAUUAUGGUGUUCCAGCACGAGCGACGUGGUGACACCAACCUUUUCACCUGGGAGCGUCAAACUUUC